CGGCACACUGCGUGUACAAUACGAAGAGAUCAUCAUCUGUACGAGACUGAGAUCGUCGUGACGAUGGCUUGCUAAACGGAAGCGACCGGUGCGUCAGGAUGCUCGGCCGUGUGCGCGCCGCUUUCUUCAGCCUGGUGAUUGCCACAUCUCUGUUGCAAUACACACAGCAACAAGGAAGCAGGCAGAGUAGAGAAGUAAUAUUGAACAUCAGUGAUGAGCAGAAAAUUCAAUACCUAAAUCAAGAUUUCUAUUCGAAUGCAUAUAAUUAUGGGUAUGAAGUAAGUCCCAACGGACAAUUUCAUCACGAGGUACGCGGUCCAGACGACAUCACGUAUGGAUGCUAUGGAUAUAUUGAUCCAUUUGGGAAGCUGAAAACAACGUUCUACAUCAGCGAUGGUUGGGGAUAUCGAGUUGUUCAACCAGGAAAUUCGGUUGAAUUGUUUCUUCAUGAACAUGAACAUCACCACGAAGAUGACACAGGACAACAUCAUCAAGAACAUGACGAUCAUCACGAUCAUCACGGGGUGAUUACAGAAUGGGCAAAUUUGUAUUUCCCAGAAAUAUGUAGACAAUUCGAUGGAACGGGUUCUGGAUCAACCGUCAUACCAAUACCAGGAUAUCCCGGAAUGCCGGAAACACCAUCACAACCAGGAACUCCAGGCACACCUGGAACACCUGGAACACCUGGUACACCGGGAACACCGGGCUAUCCUGGAAGACCACCCCAACCUGGAUACCCAGGCAAACCCGGAAAGCCUGGCACUCCUGGCACACCAUCUCAACCUGGGUACCCAGGUAAGCCUGGUACACCCGGAACACCUGGCACCCCCGGAACACCAGGACAACCCGGCUACCCCGGACAACCGCCCCAACCUGGAUACCCAGGCACACCUGGAACGCCUGGUACACCAGGAACUCCUGGACAACCCGGAUAUCCUGGAACACCACCUCAACCUGGAUACCCAGGCAAACCCGGAACACCUGGCACACCUGGCACUCCUGGCACACCUGGAACGUCAGGACAACCCGGCUACCCCGGACAACCGUCCCGACCUGGAAGUCCCGGCACACCAGGCACGCCUGGUACACCGGGAACGCCUGGAAAACCAGGCUAUCCUGGAACACCACCUCAACCUGGAUACCCAGGCAUACCUGGAACACCUGGUACACCGGGAACACCCGGAUAUCCUGGAACACCACCUCAACCUGGAUACCCAGGCAAGCCUGGCACUCCUGGCACACCUGGAACGCCAGGACAACCCGGCUAUCCUGGAACACCACCACAACCUGGAUACCCAGGCACACCUGGAACGCCUGGUACACCAGGAACGCCUGGACAACCCGGAUAUCCUGGAACACCACCUCAACCUGGAUACCCAGGCAAACCCGGAACACCUGGCACACCUGGCACUCCUGGUACACCGGGAACGCCAGGCAAACCAGGAUAUCCUGGAACACCACCUCAACCUGGAUACCCAGGCAGACCCGGAACACCUGCUGGAUACCCAGGUAAACCCGGAACACCUGGCACUCCUGGCACACCUGGAACGCCAGGUCAACCCGGCUAUCCUGGAACACCACCCCAACCUGGAUACCCAGGCGCACCUGGAACGCCUGGUACGCCGGGAACACCACCUCAACCUGGAUACCCAGGCAAACCCGGAACACCUGGCACUCCUGGCACACCGGGAACACCCGGAUAUCCUGGAACACCACCUCAACCUGGAUACCCAGGUAAACCCGGAACACCUGGCACUCCUGGCACACCUGGAACGCCAGGCCAACCCGGCUACCCUGGACAACCGCCUCAACCUGGAAGUCCCGGCACACCAGGCACGCCUGGUACACCCGGAACGCCAGGAAAACCAGGCUACCCCGGAACACCAUCUCAACCUGGAUACCCAGGCAGACCCGGAACACCUGGCACUCCUGGCACACCUGGAACGCCAGGACAACCCGGCUACCCUGAACAACCGCCUCAACCUGGAAGUCCCGGCACACCAGGCACGCCUGGUACCCCCGGAACACCAGGACAACCCGGCUACCCCGGGAAACCGCCUCAACCUGGAUACCCAGGCAAACCCGGAACACCUGGCACUCCUGGCACACCUGGAACGCCAGGACAACCCGGUUACCCCGGAAAACCGCCGCAACCUGGAUACCCAGGCGCACCCGGAACGCCAGGUACACCCGGAACACCAGCACAACCCGGCUACCCUGGUAAACCGCCCCAACCUGGAUACCCAGGCACGCCUGGUAUCCCCGGAAUACCAGGACAACCCGGCUACCCCGGGAAACCGCCUCAACCUGGAUACCCAGGCAAACCCGGAACACCUGGCACUCCUGGCACACCUGGAACGCCAGGACAACCCGGCUACCCUGGACAACCGCCCCAACCUGGAAGUCCCGGCAUACCAGGCACGCCUGGUACACCCGGAACGCCAGGAAAACCAGGCUACCCCGGAACACCACCUCAACCUGGAUACCCAGGCAAACCCGGAACACCUGGCACUCCUGGCACACCUGGAACGCCAGGACAACCCGGCUAUCCUGGAACACCACCUCAACCUGGAUACCCAGGUAAACCCGGAACACCUGGCACUCCUGGCACACCUGGAACGCCAGGACAACCAGGCUACCCUGGACAACCGCCCCAACCUGGAAGUCCCGGCACACCAGGCACGCCUGGUACAACCGGAACGCCAGGAAAACCAGGCUACCCCGGAACACCACCUCAACCUGGAUACCCAGGCAAGCCCGGAACACCUGGCACUCCUGGCACACCUGGAACGCCAGGACAACCCGGCUAUCCUGGACAACCGCUCCAACCUGGAAGUCCCGGCACACCAGGCACGCCUGGUACACCGGGAACGCCAGGAAAACCAGGCUACCCCGGAACACCACCUCAACCUGGAUACCCAGGCAAACCCGGAACACCUGGCACUCCUGGCACACCUGGAACGCCAGGACAACCCGGCUAUCCUGGAACACCACCUCAACCUGGAUACCCAGGUAAACCCGGAACACCUGGCACUCCUGGCACACCUGGAACGCCAGGACAACCCGGCUAUCCUGGAACACCACCUCAACCUGGAUACCCAGGCAAACCCGGAACACCUGGCACUCCUGGCACACCUGGAACGCCAGGACAACCCGGCUACCCUGGACAACCGCCUCAACCUGGAAGUCCCGGCACACCAGGCACGCCUGGUACACCCGGAACGCCAGGAAAACCAGGCUACCCCGGAACACCACCUCAACCUGGAUACCCAGGCGCACCUGGAACGCCAGGACAACCCGGUUAUCCUGGAACACCACCUCAACCGGGAUACCCAGGAGCACCUGGUACACCUGGAUCUCCAGGACAACCCGGAUACCCAGGAACACCACCUCAACCUGGAUAUCCCGGAACACCUGGAAUACCUGGUAUUCCAGCGCAACCAGGAUAUCCUGGUGCACCAGGAAUACCGGGCAAGCCUGGGAAACCUGGAAAACCUGGGAAACCUGGAAAACCUGGUGCCCCAGCAAUUCCAGAACAACCAUCUUAUCCUGGUUCACCCGGAACUCCAGGAACUCCCGGCUUACCAUAUCCACCGCCAUAUCCACCAUCUCCUGAAUAUCCUGGCUCCCCAGGUAGUCCGGGGGCUCCCGGGUUGCCUGGAACACCCGGAAUACCGGGUAAACCUGGCAGACCUGGCAAACCUGGCAAACCUGGCAAACCGAGCAAACCUGGACAUCCAUCACAUCCUGGUUACCCUGGAAGUCCUGGUUCACCAGGUAGUCUGGGCCAUCCUGGUUCUCCUGGAACGCCAGGACAUCCUGGCACUCCCGGUACGCCAGGAAUUCCCGGAACACCCGGAACUCCGCCAAUACCUCCACAACCAGGUUAUCCCGGUAUCCCCGGUACGCCAGGAAUUCCCGGAACACCCGGAACUCCGCCAAUACCUCCACAACCAGGUUAUCCCGGUACCCCCGGUACGCCAGGAAUUCCUGGAAUACCCGGUACUCCACCCAUACCUCCACAGCCAGGUUAUCCCGGUAUCCCCGGUACGCCAGGAAUUCCCGGAACACCCGGAACUCCGCCAAUACCUCCACAGCCAGGUUAUCCUGGUACCCCCGGUACGCCAGGAACUCCUGGAAUACCCGGUACUCCACCAAUACCUCCACAACCAGGUUAUCCCGGUACCCCCGGUACGCCAGGAACUCCUGGAAUACCCGGUACUCCACCAAUACUUCCACACCCAGGUUAUCCCGGUACCCCCGGUACGCCAGGAACUCCUGGAAUACCCGGUAUACCUGGAAAACCUGGCAAACCUGGCAAGCCGGGCAGGCCAGGAAAGCCUGGUGUUCCUGGGGUUCCACCUGCUCCACCUCAACCAGGAUACCCUGGAACACCGCCGUAUCCAGAGGUCCCUGGAAAGCCUGGGAAACCUGGACAUCAUGGACAUCCCGGAACAUCAACACCAGAUAAGCCUCCGUAUCCCCCAUAUCCAGGAUAUCCUCCCGGGCAUGAAGGCCCAAUUGGUGGUGUAGGUCCAGAUGGUCCCAAUGGUCCAUGGCCCAAUGGUCCGGAUGGUCCUCAAGGACCAAGCGGCCCAGGUGGACCAGGCGGGCCAGGAGGCCCUGAAGGUGGAAUUGGAGGAAUAGGAGGUAUAGGUGGCGAUGGACCUCCUGGUCCAGAUGGACCAUGGCCGACAGGUUCGCCCGGUCCAGAUGGGCCAUGGCCUGGUGAUCCCGACUACGUGCCUGGAGCUCAUCCAACAACUCGUCCACACUACGAAGGACCAAUUAAGAUUCAAUAUCCCAUCAAGUAUUACGAACCUACGACACCAACCUCUUACGUUUAUCCGUUGUAUGGACAGAAGCAAGUAGAACGGUUAACCUCUAACUCUAAGUUCGAAUUGAAAUAUUUCAAUAAUGAAACUUCGAAUGAAGGCUACGAAAAGAACGUCGAAUCUACAACGUUUACAUAUCCAAGUAAGAUAAGCGGUCCCAUAGGAGUGAAGGAUACAUAUACAGACUCGCAGUUUGGAAAUCGAUCCCAGAGACCUGGCUAUCAGACAGGACAAGUGAACCAAAAUGCGGACGAAAUUAAUUCCUUGCUGCAAACGCAACGAAAGGAAUUGAAUAAAUAUACAGAACAGGAAGACCGAAAUAACUACGAAGAUCUUAAGAAAAUUGUAUCGCAAAUUCCUCAAACUGUUUACAACGGAGUGGGUCCUACCACUAAUGCGAAAUACUCCAGCCAAGAAAGAUUGCAACAGGGCUCUCGCGAGAAUCGUAAAUAUCCGCAACAAGUGACGAAAUUAAGCGAACCGGUGAUUCGAAUAGAAACGAGCCCCGAAGAAAAUACCGCCGCGCUUAUCAAACAGGUAAACCAAUUAUCUGAAAAAUCUAGCGAACCGAGCUUCGAGUUCGCUGCGAUCGGUGUUCAGCCACCGAAUCCGAUCAAUAUCAAGCCCUACGAGCAGUCUGUAGGGCCAGACCCUGAAACCUGUCCCUGUUACCUUGUCGAGCCUGGAAACGAUACAGUCACAACCACGAGCACGACAUCCAUUCCUCUCAUUGGUCAGCUUGGCUUCAUUCCAGUAGUAUUUGUACCAUACUGUCCGGGUAACGACGAGACGGACAGCGAAAACAUGAAAGACAUGUUCCCCUCUGCAAUGCCUGUCCCAUAUGCAUGCGACACGUGCGGCUUGCAAAACGGGAAAAUCGAAACGAAGCUUCUCAGCGUGAAUCAGCUUGGCAAUAUAGAGAAUCUUCGCGAGGCGUUGCGGCAAGCAAAACUUGGCUUUUUAAAUGUUUCAGCACGGCGUCGGACGGAAAGGAGGCGGGCGAAGAGUUGGCACGUCCAGUGAAGAGUGCGAUUGCGAUUCACGGAUUUUAGUUCGUCACUCGGCUACAGGGACAGCCGAGAAUUUCCGCGGGAACGGUUCGUAAAACGGAGAAACACUGCCCGUCCGUCAGCUGCUGGACAGCUGAAGGAUGGCCAAAGAGAGACACGAUCGAAAACCAACGAGAAAAAUCAUCGUCUCGCAAUGGGUAACCAUAAUCUGUACGUUCUUACAGGAUUAGGUGGAAGCUGACAGAGUGAAAGUAACGGAUCGUGGUACAUUGAACGAUCGACUAUGGUUAUCCAGAGGUAGCGUACUGGCUAGCGUACAUAACAGUUUUGCAUUUUCGUUCUUAACCUUUUUCUCUUUUAACACGGAUGAUAAUUUAUGGGACAGUCUUUAAUAGUUAAGCCUGGAAAGUAGAACGUUACUGUUUGUUGCAGCAACGGGGACAGCGAAACGAAGCUGGAAUACAGUUUCUAGAAUCGUUUCCGUCAGCAGUAAAUUAAUAAUAUUCCGGUUUAUGUUUUAUAAAAAUUCAGGAUGCGUAAGGAUUAAUGCAGGAUAAAGUAUUAGAUGUUUGUCAUCUCACAGAGACGCAUAUGUAAAAUAAACCUUUGUAUUAUCGUCGAAUUCGAAUGUUUCCGUAGUUCUCCCUCUUUGUAGUUAUAACGAUGCAAAAGAUAUAUUUAGUUUACCUUCUAGUUAUAAUAUAUCGUCUAUUAUUUAAUUUCAAGGAUACUAUUUCGUUUCGCUCGAUGUUGAUUGCGUAAAAUGUUAUAAACUAUCUGAUAUUUAAUUGUAUGUUCGUUUAAAGAUCUUCUUUCGACUUAAUUUGUAUAAACAUCGUGAGAAAUGGAAUCAUCCACUGUAUUCUCGUGUUUAACGUAUACUUGAGGUUAAAUAUUGAUCGUACAAGUGCUAAUACGUACUAUAAUUCUUAUUGAGCACGUACAGACCUGCCGCCACGGAUAGAAAAAUUCUUAAGGAUCAAUCUUUUUCUAAAAAGUAUAGGGUUUAAGGUACGUGGAAUAUUUCACGCGAACAAUGUAGAUUGUUAAAAAUCGAACUUAAUUAAACUUCAUAUUUAACUGUACAUGCUCGAUAUCUUAACAAAAUAAUUCUAUUUGUACAUUGGCUAUAAGAUACGUAGUAUAUGUCUUCUUCCGUAGCAUAGUGGUCGACGAAAUUUUCAAUAAAUUAUACAUAAUUGUACAUAUCGAUAUUACGUUCAUCCAAUGUUCCUUAUAAGCAUGA